CUCAGCUCUUUCGUUCCUACUCCACACUCUGAUCCUCGCGGCCAUGUCGCUGCAACGCACCUUGACGACGUUCAUCGUCGACAUUUCGCCGACGAUGGGCAGGCAGAGGACCAUCAUCGAGGACGUCGUCACACCAGAGGGGGAGGUUCUGCAAAAGGAGAGGACGAUGAGCAACGUCGAGUGGUGUCUCGAGUUCGUCAAUCGCAAGACGCAGGCCAUUAUGUUCUCCAAGCUCAAGACGGCGACCAUGAGCAUCGUCACAUUCGGCUCCCCCCGCACCAACAACGGCAUCGUAGACAAGAAUCCCGAAAUCGAAGGCUAUCGCGGCGUGGACGAGCUGACGGGGAUCGGACAGCCCACCGUAGCUACGCUCGAUCUGCUCGCCUCUUUGCGAGCCGUGCGCGAGGAUGAGGGAGGGGAGCCGCCCGAUCCGCUGGACGCCCUCAUCUGCGCGCUCGAUACCAUGUCGGACAAGUCGCGCGGAGGCGUCGCGCCCACGGCCAAGAGUUGGAGAAAGACAAUCUACUUGAUCACGGAUGGGAGCUAUCAGAUGAAUCGCGACUCGACGGAGGCCAUCGCUGAGCGUAUCAAGGAGGACAACGUCAGCUUGCGCGUGAUUGGUGUGGACUUUGACGACGAGGAGUACGGGUUCAAGGAGGAAGACAAAGACCCCGUCAAGGCGGACAACGAAGCUUGGUGGCACGAAUGGCUCGCUACCCUCCCCAACGCCCGCAUUGCAACAGCCGCUCACGCCCUCGAGCAAGCCACUCUCCCCACCGUCUCGCUCAAGAGCUCUACGCCUUACAAUACCCGUCUCACCUUUGGCGACCGCGCCCACGCCCUUGACAGCGAAGAGGUGCUAGGCAUACCCGUCAAGAUGUACAAGCUCACCUCGCGCGCUCUUCCCAUGUCCAGACGACCGAUCAGCAAGUUUGCAGAGGAGGCAGAGAAGCAGCGCAGAGCAGCGCGCAGCGCGAAUGGUGGCGGCGGCGGCGGCGGCGGCGGCGGUUCACCCAACAUUCUUCACCCGCCCAACAUCGCUCCCACCGCUACGCCCUCGAUUGCCAUGAUCGACGCCUCGAGCCUCGGCGCUGAUGCAUUUGGAAUCGAGAAUCGCAAGGUACACUUUCUCGCCGACCAAGUCAAGCAGCUGGGCACGGAAAACGCCACGGCGCUGCCAGAGGGCGCCGAGCAUCACUUUGGCAAGGCCUUUCGACUGGGCGCAAGCUUGAUCCCGAUCACGCCGGAUCUCGACGUCAAGUGGCAGAGCGAGCAGGGCCUCGAGAUCAUCAACUUCGUCAAGCACUCGACGUUGCGCCGCCAUUACCUCCUCGGCGAAAUCUCCAACGUCUUCGCAGACGACAAGAAUGUUCAAGCGCAAUGCACGAUGAGCGCCAUGGUCAAGGCCAUGCGACAGCAGGACAAGGUGGCGAUCGUUCGCUUCGUCAGGCGCGACAAUGCCGAGCCCAAGAUCGGAAUCCUCUUCCCGGUCGAGCGAGUCGAGGGGGAGACGCGAGCCGAGUACUUCCACUUCGCAGAGGCGCCCUUCAGCGAGGACCUGAAACGCUACCUCUUCAAACCUCUCACGCGCGCCAUCAACCUCGAAGGCCAAGAGCUCGAGAAGCACUCUGUGCUGCCCACCGAUCGCAUGGUAGCCGCCAUGGACCGCCUCGUAGACAGUAUGGAUCUCAUGCACGCCUUCAAAGACGAAGAGGGUCAAGACCAGCCGUGGUUUGCCGUAGAAGACUCAUUCAACCCGGGCAUCCACCGAAUGAAGGAGGCCGUCGCGUUUCGCUGUCUGCGCCGCCAAUCUGACGGCAGCAACACGCGCGACAUCCCUCGCCCGCAUUGGGAGGUGGACAAGUUUCUCGAUCGACCGCUCGAGGUCAAGGAGAAGAGUGCUGGCCCGGCAGAGGAGUGCAAGCGACUGUUCAGGAUUCACAACGUGCCAGAGGUCAGGGCAAAGGGGCGCGCGCUGUUCAGCAAGCGACGCAAUGGAAAUCGGGUCAUGGGGGCGCGAGUCGAUGCCGGAGAGCGGGUGGGAGAGGAGACCGAGCUGGACCUGUCUCUCGCUGAGGAUCAUGGCGAGUCUUCGAAGCGAUUGAAGGACGCGAGCGGGCAGGCAGUCGCUGCUGCACCACCCGAGGACAGCGACAGUGAGGAGGAGAUGAUCAGCAGCGCUAGGCGCGCGCCCGCCGCAGAAAGCCCCGAGGCGUACCGCAUCGACGACGACGACGACGACCAGGCGCGCCCCGUUCGCCUGAUCCCCUCAGACCCAGUCACUUCGUUCAACGCAUAUCUCGAAGACGUUCAACAGGAUACGGCUGCCGUACUCCGUGCCCUCGAGGUGCUCAUCGUCUCCAAGCUCAUCGCUGAAAGGAACGACGAAUUGGCUGUGGAGGCAUUGAAAGCGGGUCGCAAGGCGGCUUCGGAAUACGACGAGGCGAGGCAGUGGAAUUGGUUCGUCGCAAGGCUGAAGGGUACGACUCUCCGCGCUGUGGACAGCGAGACGGUACGCGCCUUUUGGGAGACGCACUGCAAGGGAAAGAUGGAGGUUGCGGGGAUGAUUACGCGCGAGGAGGACGAAGGUGGGAGGAGUGAGGUCACCGCCGAGGAGGCGAGGAACUUUGUUGAGUGA